AUGACCCAAACCUCAGGGAACGACGAGCCGGAGAGUAAGACAGGGCCGCUGAAUUCGGGCUCCCUCAUGUCUAGAAACUCCUCCGUCCUCACACUGACCACGCCCCAGCUGUACUCGAUCUACGGCGGCCGCGAAAACCUGAUAGAUGCCCAAGAUGCAGAAAAUGCAAACGAUAUUUACGAGAACCUAAAAGAGAACAUUCGCAAGAGGAGUCCAGACGACGCUUCUCAUGCGCCACCUCGCUCAACCCAGCGAAAAUCGGCGAUCGGCCUGUUUACCGGGAUCAUUGGCAAGAGCCUGGUUCUGUGUGUACUCGGCAACCUUUUCAUCAAGCUGAUCGAACAGCUGUACAAACUAAAUCCGGCCCUCCCCAAUCUUGCCGAUUUUCGUUUAAUUUACCUAGUCAGAGACAACGCCAACCUGCCUUUAAGCCCUGUCCAAAUGGAAAUACUCAACAAUUCCCUAAUGGGCCUGCUGUUUGGCUCCAUCAGACCGCUUUCUGAACUCGUUUUCACUUGGAACGGCAAGAAACGGUCGUUCCCAGAAACGGCUGCGCUUGUCAGGUUCACUGUCGCACUCAUAGGGUUCUCGUACGGACUGAGAAAGGUGGAAUGGGAGUCGAAGCUCGAGGCAUCGCUUGUCUUCCUGGGCAUUUGCGCACUGCUGUGGAUCGUGAUGGACUCGUCUAUCGGCGGCCUGUUGUCCUCAUUUAUCGUUUCUUUGGGAACGAUCGCCGUUUACACCUACUUCACGUUCCAGCAAAACCUGCUGAGCGUGUUUAGCGACCCAGAUAUCCUGGCCGAUCUCCUAUGGAACGGGUCUUUCCUGUUCAUCUCGUUGGUUAUAUUUGGCCGGAUCAGCAAGAGACUAAUUGGCUAG